AUGAAUCCCCCGGAGGAUUACGUGAACCAGGAGAAUGGAAACUUUGCCAUUAGGACGAACGAACAUCACUAUGGCAGUGACGGCGGGGCUGCCACGCAGAGGAGGGCGGAAGGGUACAGUUCAGGUCUAUUCCCCACUGCUGGACGUAUGAUCGAUGAAGCGGCCAUCCCAUUUGAUGGGACCCAUACGGAGGGAAGGAGGGCCCCACCGCAGCGCCCCUACUGUGAAGUGAAUGGCAACGCAAGUAACCACAUGAACAUCUCGAGAGGGAGUAAUUUCCCCUCGCAUGCUUAUCCCUCUAACCGAUUUGGCCGCUCACGCUACCGAGUAACCAGAGGUGGACGCUCAAAUGGAAGAUUCUUUUUUGCAAAUAAAACUCUCUAUGUGGCAGCGCCGCGAGGUAGGGAGAGCCCUCACCAGGGAGAGACAGCCGCGGUGCAGCGUGAUGCCUCUUGCUUUAUUAACCAUUCCCAGCAAGGGAACGUCCGUAAGGGACAAAAGAGAAAGUGGACUCAGGUGGCUCCGGGGUGGGUCCCCACCGAAGAGGAGGCCUCUACCAGCGAUAAUGACUGCAUCAAGGGGGAGCAGCAGGAAGGGGAAGAAGCAGGAGAGGCAGCAGAAGUAGGAGAAACAGAAGAAGAAACAGACGCAGAAGCAGACGUAGAAGCGGGAAAACCCCUGAGCCAAUUCACCCACGCCAAAAAGCCAAGGCGCAAGUCGUACCACGAAAUAAAGUGCAACAUAUUGAAAGACGCAGCUGAGUAUUUUAAAAAUUGUCGAGGGGCAAGGACGGCAGCCAGCUCCGAAGAGGAGAAGGAAGAAGAGGGAGAAAACGGGAAAGACGGAGGAGACGGGAAAGAUGGAGAAGACCGAGAAGGCGUAGUGCCGAAUCAUCCACAAGCACCCCCCGGAGCACCCCCCCUAAGCGCAAACCUCUGCUGUGUCUGCCAGAUUAACCAACACAAAUAUAAGUGCCCCUUCUGUGAAGCGCUAUCCUGUUCACUAACCUGUGCAAAGGAACACAAAAAAUUAAAAAAGUGUAAAAAUAAGUUAAAAAAAAAAUUGAAAAUAAACAAAGUGGCGAAGCAGAACCUCGACGAGAACAUGCUACACAGAGACUACAUCUUUCUUCAUGGGGUGGAAUCAAUCCUUCACGGAAACUACCGAUUCCUUAGGAUAAAAGAAAAUGAGACGACAAACAUAUGGCUCUACAGUUAUAGCAAACUAACUAGUGUCUUGAAAAAAAGAAGAAUUUUUUUAUUCAAGGCACCUCUGUACACGAAGCUGCAUCAAGGAAAUAAAACGACCAUUCGACAUGACAGCAUUUUCUGGAUGGUGAAAGUCACCCUCGUGAAUGACUGCCUGUUUGUGACUCACCAGGACGUCAGCGAAGAUACGCCCCUUUUGCAGCUCCUCAGCAUGUCCCUAGAAAAAGUGGAGAAGAGGAGAAAACCCCUCCGAGUUAACUACCUCGAUAAUGUGAAUGCCAUACGUGUGUCGCUCAACAGUGUUGACAUAAACAAGGGGACCAAAAAGGAGGACGCCUUUUUUUCCGUUCCUCUCACGGUUCGAGAAGUCCUUCGUGGCCAGGCGUUUUAUGAGUACCCGCACCUCAGCUUUGAAGUUCUCUUCCGGGAUGGAUCGCCCGUCGAGAAUCCCGCGUACGAGGCGGCCAUGCGCCGUCAGCAGAAAGACCAUGUAGUAGCUGAGGAGGGGCAGGCCAACCAGCAGACAAACCAUGUAGUUGCUGAGGGGAAGACAAUUGAGGACAUUAACGAAGCCGCUGAGGAGGGGCAGACAAACCAUGUCGUUGCUGAGGAGGGGAAGACAAACCAGCCAGUUGAUGAGGAGGACAGCUCCAGCCAAGCGGAUGCUUCCACCGCCCCCAUCUGUGAUAAAGAGACCAAGGAGCAAACACACGUGGGGGAAGAAGCCACAGCCCCCCUCCGCGAGGAUGAAGAUGCCUCUCCGCGCGGGGAUCCAUCCUAA